GAAAAUGUUGGAUUUUGUCAUUUUUGCAAUCACCUUUUUCCUUGCUCUGCUGGGAGCAGUUAUUUACUUAUAUCCUGGAUCAAGAAAAGUGACCAGUAUUCCUGGAUUAGACCCUUCUGAUCCAAACGAUGGGAACCUAGCUGACAUUGCCAAGGCUGGAAGUCUCCAUGAGUUUCUGGUUGAACUCCAUGAGACACACGGACCUAUAGCCUCAUUCUGGAUGGGUCAGAAAAUGGUGGUCAGCACUGCAUCGCCAGGGUUGUUUAGUCAACAGUCCAAUGUUUUUGAUAGACCAGCUGAAUUAUAUGAAGUUUAUAAACCUUUGUUUGGUGCUCCCAGCAUUCUCUUUACCAAUGGUGGAGCAGGGAGGAAAAGGCGAGAGAUGUACGAUGGCAGCAUGAGGAACGAGCAGCUCCUGAAGAUGAGUCCUAUAUUUUCAAAGCUUGCUGAAGAAUUAGCUGCCAAAUGGGGCACAAUGGUAGAUGACCAACACAUUCCACUCACACAGCACAUGCUGGCCCUGUCAUUUAAAGGGAUACUGAGGACACUGUUCCCAGGAAGUUUCAAAGAUGACAAAGACGUUGUGUCUCUAAGAAAGAAUCUUGAUGUGUGUUGGCAUGAGAUGGAACAAGAGGUUUUAACUGGUGAAGUUCCAGAGAAAGGAAGUCAAAAAGAGAAACGGUUCACAGAUGCCAAGACAGCCCUGCAUACAGCCUUCCAGCAGGUGGUCAGUGAGUCCAAAGAUAAAACUGUCCAUGGUCCAGCCAGCUUCCUGAGCACAGCUGCCAUGCACUCUGACUCACAGGCUCUCAGUGACUCCAUCACAUAUCUGGGGAUAGGCUUUCAGACUACUGGAAACUUGUUGUCCUGGCUGAUCUACUUCUUGGCCACCCACCAAGAUGUCCAACAGAAGGUCUAUGAUGAGAUUAAAAGUACUCUAGGGGAGACCGGAAAAAUCAACCCUUCCAACAUCAGCAAAAUGGAAUACCUCCACCAAGUUAUAGAUGAAAGUUUGAGGUGUGCUGGCCUUAUUACAUGGGUUGCUAGGCAACAAGACUUCGAUACAGAACUGGCAGGUCAUAAAAUUGUAAAAAAUACCCCAGUGAUCCAGGCUCUGGGAGUUGUGUUACAAGAUGAGAAUUUGUGGCCAGUACCUAACAAAUUUGAUCCAGAUCGUUUCUCAGCAGAUGCUAAGGCUGAUCUCCCAUUGUUUUGUUUUGAACCGUUUGGAUUUGCUGGCCGCAGAAGAUGCCCAGGAUUCAAAUAUACAUACAUAGAAAUCUGCUCUGUCGUGGCAGUGCUGCUACAAAAAUUCACAGUGCACAUGGUGGAAGGUAUAGUGGCGACACCUAUUUACGGAUUGGUGACCCACCCUGAAGACGAAGUCUGGGUGACUGUCAGUAAGAGGAAAUAAAUCAACAUGAAUCUCAGGAAUGUGGUCCAUCGUUUUCAACUUGUGAUUUUUUGAAGUGGUAGUGGUGUUCCCUUAAAAUUACAUCCAUGAAAGAAGAGGCAAAAAAGAAAUGGGGAAUGAACAACCUGAAGUUGCAAAAACGUAAUGUAAUAAUACAAUGCAGUUGCCAGAUUUGCUUUUUGAGCCUGCAUUUUUUGACUUGAGAGGGAGUAUCUAACACAGCUGUGGAAAGAAAAUAGUUCUAUAUAUCUUUAAAAGAUGUAGGAGAUAAGAAGUUCUAAAACAAGACGACCCUGUCAGAUUCUAAAGCUGGCUAUAUUGCAUUGCACCAGUGCAAUUAAAA